AUGUCGUCGCCGUUUGUGAUAGUAUUUGCUGCAGGUAUGCACAUCAUCAUUCGGAAACUCACACUCACACAUCCCCCCAAAACUAAACAGAGACAAAUCAUCGUCACAGGCCAAGAUGAAGUAAACCAACAAAUCGCCCGCCAGUUCGCGCCCCAUCACCCCAUCGCACUCCUCUGCCCGCCAAGCCACAACCUCAAGGCCGCCGUCAGCGCCGCCCACGCCGCCGGAGGCGAAGCCGUCCUCUUUGAGACUGACUUGUCCUCUGUCGAGUCCGUCAAAGCCUCCGUUGCCUCUGCAAGCGCCCAGUUUGGCAAGCAGUGCGCGGCCGCCAUCUUCCAGGUCCGCGCCGAGCCCGCCGACGUGCCGUUUCUCGAGCAGCCGACGGCGCAGUUUCGCGCCGCCACGACGACGCAGAUUGCAAGCGCCUACGCCUUCUCGCAGGCCGUGAUGCCGCUGCUGACCUACGGAGGCGGCAACGCCGAAUUUCCCGCGACGCUGGCGUUUGUUGGAAGCGCUGGCGCUUCGAGGAGCGACAAGAUUGUGGAAAAUGCGCUCGUCGCGCUGAGCCGCAGUCUCGGGAGGGAGUAUGGAAAAAAGUAUAUUCAUGUUGCCCACGUCAAAUUCAACAAGGGCGCCGUGGUGGGGAGCAAGACGCUGAAUACAGGCGCGGACGGGGGCGCGCGUGUCGCUGAGACGCUCUGGCAUCUAUACACGCAGCCAUUUAAUUGCUUCGCUAAUGAACUCAUCAUCUAA